AUUAUUACCGAGGGCCGAAAGUACCUUAAAAUAAACAAAAACUUUCUAUUGAGUGAAAUAUUUUAAAUUAAAAAUCACACUAAAUUUUCUCUUUUUUUUCACCCCUGUAACUUAUUAAAAUAAACAUUAUAGAAGUUUUCAGGGACUUUAGGCCCUCGGUAAUAAUGUAAUCUUUCAUUCUGAAUUUAAAUUUUUCAAAAAUACUAAUUAGUUUUCUCAGGAUUCGAAAAAAAUAAAUGCAUUUAAAUAGCAUUGGACCAAGAUUUUGCGCCUACACUCUAAGGUUUAGAUAGCAAUAAUUAGUUUAGAUAAUACUGUUUUUUUCUUACUGUUUUUUUUCAGAUAAUUGGCCACUGGAUGUUCACUUAGCACAUUAAACUACGAUUAUAGAAUUGGCAAAUCUACUGCAGCCACGAUAAUACCCUAUUAUUUAAUGUGAUACUAUUUGGAGAAAAUUGAGAACCAUAGAUUACAAUUGUUUGUUCCAAAGUUUGAUGUCCACAGUUAAAAAUGUCUGGCACCAGAAUAAUUGAUACGAGAGCCAAUUUUGCAGAUAAAAAAUUUUUCAGGAAUUUACGAACAUUCGCAUCCAGUAAAAAAUUCCAUAAAACAGAUAUAAAAGAAGUUCUAGAAAGAAGUUGGACAUCUGGUGUUGCUAAAAUUAUUUUAUUUGGCAGAAACUUAGACAGCAGCAAGAGUGGACUAAACGAAACCAAGCGCGAUGGAGGACUAUUUUGUUCUGUGGGCUGUGAUCGGUGUUAUAGUGGAGAGUUUGAUACUGAUAUUGUAAAACCAGAAGACUAUUUAAAAGCACUUGAAAAUAUUAAAACCGAAAACAAAACAAAAGUUAUAGCUGUGUCUUCUGCUAUGAAUAGCAUUAUAACGACUAUUAUGAUUCUUACCAUAAUUCAAAAGAAGAUCAAAUAAAAGCAUUAGAAUGCCUAAUGUCUUUAGCUAAAAAAAGAAUAUGUGUGUACUUUGUACGCACGUAAGAAGUUAUACUUCUACUACAUAUUAUGUGAUUUUUAAGACAAUACCAAAAAUUUAAAAAAAUAGAAGAAUAAAACGCACACAAACACAUUGAAAAAUGCCACAAAGAAAAAAUUAUUUCUGAACGAUAAUAAUUGUUGGCAAAAAUUUUAAAUACGCAUUUUCUGAAAAAAAAAAUUAUAUAACAAAUAUACUUACAAUCAUAACAUGCAUACAAAAAUAAAAAAAUAAAACUUGCAUCGGGAAUUGAACCCGUGAAUUUCGUGACGCUUUGAUUCGUAAUCGAAGCGUAGACCCACUCGUCCAAUCCCACAUUAUUUAUAAUGUGGAAAAAUACGGUAACUAAACGUUUUACUGUUUGACAGUUGUUUUGAAAAUUAAAUUAUGUAGUUUAAAUUUUGUGGAAGAAAAUAUAAAAAUAUAACAAAACAGUAAGAAAACAAUAUAUUAGAUGAAGAUUGGUAGAACUUUUGUUGGUAAUCAAAUUAAGUAUGUAAAUCAAAGCAUUACAUACCUACUAGAUAAAUAAAUCUACGCCAAAAAAUCAUAAUUUAAAAAUAAAAAUCGAACCUAAUUUGGGAUUUCUCUCUAAAAUCCGCAUUCUUGAGAAAAUAAAUGUACGUAUUUCAACCUAAUCCAAAUGUAUAAUUACAAUAUGUUUAUAAUAAAAACUACUUACCAAAUUAGAAUGAGUUUUCCUUGUCCAAAAUAGACCAAAAGUCCAAAAAUAUAGGUAUAUGAAAACUAUUUAAAAAGGCAGUAUAACUAUUAACUAACUUUUGUUUGUUGUUUCUUUUCACACAAAUUUUAAAACGCAACAACCAUAAAUAAUCUAACUACAGCUGUGCCACAGCCGCCAUAUUGAAUAAUUUUUGACAUGUCAUUUGAACAUCCAAUCAGAACAAAGUUAUAAUGCGCAUGCGCCCGGUCGCUAGGUUUUACCAUAUAAAAAUUCACCCUCUAUCGCCGGUAAAGGA